CCACCCUUAUCCACCAGCCUCGAUAAUAACCCCUGCUUCCCUCCUCCUGUCCCCAGCUGAGAUCCUGCAGGCCAACGACACCCUGACUCAGGUCAUCAACCAGUACAAGCAGCAGGUGAAGGGGGAGAUCGUCAACGGCAACAACACGUUAAACACACACAAGCAAACAGGAGGGACGUCCCUGCUGGAUCUGUCGGGGUUGGACACAUCGCCUCAGUCGCCGUCAUCUUUCCCAGAGUUCCCCACUCCCACAGACAACGCCCCCUCGCAGGAGAUGGGGAUCAGUCUCCUGGACGACGAGCUCAUGUCACUCGGUCUAAGUGAAGGAACACACACCUCCAACCCCCCCUCACAACCUGAAGACUCCACAGCCUGGGACUCCUUCCAGUCCUCUGACAGUAUAGACGCAGACAUCCCAGCAGCCCCGAGCCUCCUCCUGACUCCGGACCCCCCCUCCCUCUCUCUCCCCCUCUCCUCCCUCUCUCUCCCCCUCUCCUCCGGCUCCACCCCCGGUAACUCCGCCCUGGACGAGCUGGACCUACUGGGGAAGACGCUGAUGCAGCAGUCCCUGCCUCCAGAGGGCCAGCAGGUCAAAUGGUAA